AUGGCAGCGUUCAUGAUAGUCACAGACGAACAGGUGCGUCGAAAUUUACGCAGACAGCGCGUUUUCCGGGACAGGCAGAAUCAACUUGAUGCGUAUAACGACAUCGAUAUUAUCCAUCGUUAUCGGUUGGACAGAUUGACCAUCAUAAGUGUCAUUGACAUGGUUCAAGAUCGUCUAGAGAGACCAACAAAAAGAUCUGGGAGUCUUCCAGCCUCAUUGCAAGUGUCUGCUACAUUAAGAUUCCUUGCUUCCGGCUCCCAGCAGAGAGUGAUUGGAGACACUAUGGGAAUUUCCCAUAGGCGCUUGGGUCAAGGAUACUAUAUAUGCAACUUAUUUGGUUUCUUCUCUAACAGAUUUCUGAGCAUUGUUAGUAAAUGGCCAGGAUCAACGCAUGAUGCAUUUAUAUGGGCCAAUUGUUCGAUUGCACAGAAAUUUGAGAAUGGGCAAAUGAAUGGGUGGAUCUUGGGCGAUUCUGGGUACCCUUUAAGACCAUGGCUCCUGACACCAGUUGGUAAUCCAACUUCCCGAGGAGAAGACCGGUAUAAUGGAUCUCACAGGAGAACUCGUGUGGUAGUUGAACAGGCCUUUGGAGUGCUGAAAUCUCGCUUCAGGUGUCUCCACAAAACAGGCGGAGCUCUUGAGUACACACCAGCAAAAUGCUGCAAGAUUGUAUAUGUAUGUUGUCAACUCCAUAAUAUCUGUAUUGAUAAACGGAUUCCCGUAUUUGAGGAACCUGAAGAAGCAUUAGUUGAAGCUCAAAACGAGGUAACUUACCAGGGCCCUGUCAAUGACGGCAAAACAACCAGAGAGCAAUUGAUAAGACAGCGAUUUGCAUAG